AUGACUGUGGAAAUCGCGUUCUUCCAAACGCGUAUAUACGCUUUAUUCGCUCUUUGGACAUUGACCAUGGUGGAGAUCAACGACGACUUUUUUCAAACAAAAGACUUUCAAAACAAACUUGAGAGCAUUAUUCGCAAUGGAGAUCCAGGGGUGUUGACAGCAUCAGUUAUCCGAGGCGAGCUUGAGAAGCAACUGGGACUUGAAGAACAAGCUCUUAGACCAUGGAAAAAGAUUGUAAACAGCCAUAUUGACACCACCUUUACCAAAAUAUUGGAAGAGGAGAAGAAUCCGCCCAGCGAGCCUGAAGAAGAACCAAGCAGUCAGCAGGAAGAAGAUACCCAGACACCAAAGGAAUCAGAGCCAAGUCAUGAAGAGGAAACUAAAUCAGAUCAAGAGAGUGACAAUGUUCAGGAAGAAGAAACGAGCCAACGAGAGACCCCUGUGUCAUCUGCAUCAGACAAUGAAGCCACUCCAAGCAAGAAAAAGCCAAAAACACCAAAGCAACCACGCAAGAAACGAGAAUCAAAAAAAGAACACAAGACCUCUGCAACAGAAGAGUCCAUCAAGCGUCUCAAGAUGUAUAUAAACAAAUGCGGUGUGCGUAAAGUAUGGCAAAAGGAGUUGGCUGAUUGCAAGACAAUGAAGGAUCAAGUCGAGAAGCUUAAAAAGAUCCUUGCAGAUCUUGGUGUGGAAGGACGUCCAACCCUCGAGAAAUGCCAAAAAGUCAAGGCUGAGCGAGAAAUCAAGGCUGAGGUGGAUAGCUUAGAUACCGAGAAUAUUAUCGAGAGCACAAGUCGCCGAGCAACACGUUCCCAAGGUCCAAAGAGGAAGCGACGAGUGAUUGAAUCGGAUGACGAGGAUGAUGAGGAAGGACCGGGACAAAAGUUGACACGAACAGAGAAUAACCCUCUUGAUCUAUCCUUCUUGGGCGAUCAGUCAGAUAGCGAUUAA